GGGAAGGGGCUUGAGCCGGAGCAGUGAGGCAGCUCGGGGGAACUAGACCUGGGUAGCCUUGCUCCACCGAACUAGAGGAACGCUGCUUGGUCCGGCUUGCGAUUCCUCCGGGCUUCUAGCUGAAGCUAGCCACCCCGCGCGGCCAGGAGCGAGAAUGGAGAGGCUGGUGUUCAGGAGCUUCUUCUGCCAUCUCUCUACCUUCCAACUGAUUUGGUUCAUGGCAGCAGGGAUGCUGUGCAGGGCACAAGUGGUGACCCAAGAUGUAAGAGAGCGGCUGAACACACCUGCUUCUUUAAGAUGCUCUCUGCAAAAUCCCCAGGAAGUUUUGAUUGUGACAUGGCAAAAAAUCAAGGCUGUGAGCCCAGAAAACAUGAUCACCUUCAGCAAGAACCAUGGGGUUGUAGUUCAGCCUGCUUAUAAGGACAAGAUAAACAUCACCCAGCUGGGACUCAUGAACUCAACCAUUACCUUCUGGAAUACCACCUUGGAGGAUGAGGGGUGUUACAAGUGCCUCUUCAAUACCUUUGGUGCCGGGAAGAUCUCAGGAAUAGCCUGCCUCACCCUCUCUGUACAGCCCACAGUAUCCCUUCACUAUAAAUUAUCUGAAGACCAACUAAAUAUCACUUGCUCUGCCAAUGCUCGCCCAGCCCCUAUGAUCUCCUGGAAGAUAUCUGGGUCAGGGAUUGAGAACAGUACUGAGAUUCUCGUACACCCCAAUGGGACAACGUCUGUCACCAGCAUCCUCCAGAUCAAAGACCCCAAGAGUCAGGUGGGGAAGGAGGUGAUCUGCCAGGUGCUGCACCUGGGGACUGUGACUGACUACAGGGAAACUGUGAACAAAGGCUUUUGGUUUUCAGUUCCCCUGUUGUUAAGUAUUGUUUCUCUGGUGAUUCUUCUGGUCUUAAUCUCAAUCUUACUAUACUGGAAACGUCGUCGAAACCAAGACCGAGCCGUAAAGCUACAUUCUGAAGGAAGGGAUGACGAGUUAGAGGCAGCUUCUCUUUAUACCACUCCUAAUGGAAUCGUCACAGUGACUUUCCAUGAGACUACAACAAUGUGACAAUGGGUUAAUAGGUUUUCAAAGAACAUUCUUUUUUUUUUGUUUGUUUGUUUGUUUUGUUUCAUGAAUCAGUACUUUAUUACUGAAAUAAAAACUGGAAAGAAAUUAAAUUUCCCAGGGAAAUUUUCUGCCAUCUCAUGAUAGUUCUUUCUCUUAAAACCCAGUUGAUGUCAUAAAUUUGCCCCUUCCACUUAUACUACAGUGAAGGUAAAUUUGAGGUUGAGAAUAAUUUUUUAUUUCUCAUUAGUCAACCCACCAAUGAUUAUAAGCUUCUCAAGAGCAAACACUUCACUUUGGGGUGGAUUAUCAUAGACAAUCACAUAAUUUUUAGAAAUCUUUAUUUUGAGUAGCAAUCUUCUUUUGCUUAAUUGGAUCAAGCUGAAUUAGAAACCAAUAGAAGAUUUCGACAAUCAUAUGAAAUACAUAUUCCAAACGUCAUUUUUCUUCAAGUGUCUGACUCUUUCAAGUAGAAGUGAUUUUUUUUUUCAUUUUGCUUCACAAUAACCUAACCUAUAAAUGGGCUCUUUGCAAUAAUAAUGACAAUGUUGGUAAAACACUAUAUUUUGGGAAAAAUCAGGUCACUUUCUCCUAUUUUAAGCUUAGUAUUAUGUCAAAUGACAGAGCUGCUCAAUAAAUGAUUCAUGGUGGUGAAAUUGGUGAUUAGUUGGAAGAAUAAUACAAAGGAUGUUUGUUUAAAAAAAUCCAGAAUCUUUGCUUUGCCAAAUAAUUGUACUUAAGCUUCCCAGAUGAAGGCUGAAUGAGUGGGAAUCCUCACCCCCACCCCAGUUUCCUCAUAGUUCCAAGCAGAAGAAAUGUGGUGCUUUAUAUGAGAAGAGUGUGAAGCAACCUUUAUUGAACUACCUAGGUUAGAAUUACUGGGAGAAAUUUUGCAUUCCAAGGCUAUUUUUCUAUAAAAUUUUACCCUUGAAAUGGGUGCGAGUGCCACCUACCAUAUCAAAAUGUCAUAGCAAAACCCCAUCACAAACCAGGUGGCUAACAGACCCAUAAGCCUGAGCACUCUUGCCUGUGUCUUUCACCACAGAUCACUUAUACUAGAAAUACCGGCAAGGUUAAAACGUGCAGAACUUUGCAGUCUGGUAAAGCAUUGCUUAAGAUUACACAGAGGGUGAGAUGUGGGGCCAUGAUAAAAUACCAGGUCUUUUACUUCACUGUUUAAGUGCCUUGUAGGGAGGCCCACAUCCUUCCAGUUUAAGUGGUAGGAAGCUAAUAGCCCUGGAAAGAGCCUCCAUCCGUCUACUUAGUGACUGUCCCCAUCCUAAUGUCCAGCAAGUGAGUAUGCAUAGGAAACAAAGCUCAAGGUCAUAUAAAUAAAAUACAUGUAAAUGGAGUUCCCCCCGUGGUGCAGGGGAAACAAAUCCGACUAGUAUCCA